AACGGUUGGGGAACGCCUGUCUCCUGGGCGGAGCUGUAAAGCGCGGGAACUUCGCCGAGCGGAUUCUUCGCCCUGCUGUUGAACGAAGAACUGCCGUGGAAAAGCCGCGUUCGGCCGAAAAAAAAGGAGCGUUGGAGUUACAGGCCCCGUGCGCUGUUUCCAAAUAGCAAAUUGGGCAUCUCAAACGAAUGAAUACAGAGCAUCGGAGCGGAUUCGCUGUUGGGAGUCCCCGCGUGGAGCUACAACAGGAGAGGCGGACUGAAAACAAACUCAGAAGAAUCGGAUGUACUACUAGUCAAGUAGCCCUUAAAAGGAUGAAAAGGCAACAGAGUUUGGCAGAUUUUUUCAAUAAGAAACCAAAAUUGGAAUCAAUUGUAUCAGAAUUGGCCUUGGAUGGUACAAAACGGUCACAAGCACAACCACUCCAACCUGAAGAAAGCAGCACAUCAAUUAUCGAAGUAAAAAACGAUAACUCCAACAUUAAAGAGAUACAACAAGCUUCUCCAAAGAAAAAAAUGAAAGAAAAUUUUUCAUCAGAAAACAUUGUGGCCCUUAAAAGGAUGAAGAGGCAACAGAAUUUGACAGAUUUUUUCAAUAAGAAACCAAAAUUUGAAUCAGUUGUAUCAGAAUUGGUCUUGGAUGGUACAAAACAGUCACAAGCACAACCACUCCAACCUGAAGAAAGCAUCACAUCAAUUAUUGAAGUAAAUGAUAACUCCAAAAUUAAAGAGAUACAACAAGCUUCUCCAAGGAAAAAAAUGAAAGAACAUUUUUUCAUCAGAAGCUCAUAACAUUUGUAAACAGAACUUAGAACAAUGUGAGCAGGAGUCAAUGACCAAAGGAAAGAUGAAUGGAAAAUAUUUACGUACUAGUAAAGUAUUUAAUACAGUUUACAGCCUAGCAAAAAAAUGUAAGUCGUUUUCAGACAUACAAAAAGAGAUAGAAGUGCAAAUUAAAAAUGGAUUAGAUAUGGGAAUUGGGUUACAGUCACGUAAAACUGUUGUGAAAAUAGUUGAUUUCAUUGCAAAGGCAAUUAAAAAAGCAAUAUUUACUAAAAUUGUUGAAAAUAAUCUGAAUAUUUCUUUGAUUAUUGACAAAGUCUCUACAAUAUCUUCCAAACCAGUUAUUAUAGUUUUCUUAAAAGUUGAGGAUUCAGUUACAUCGCCAACAAUUUUCGUUGAGCUAAUUGAAUUGGAAAAACAAGAUGCAGACACAAUAUGUUCUGCAGUUAUGGAAAGUUUAAAUAAUGUUGGGCUUGCUAAGAACUACCUAGAAAAAAAUUUAAUAGGAUUUUGCUCUGAUGGUACCUGCGGUCUGCUUGGGAUAAAAUCUGGAGUGACCACUAGGAUAGAAAAAGAGUUUCCAAACAUCAUAAUAUGGCAUGGUUUAAACCAUCGCCUCCAUCUUGGUUUAGAUGAUUUAAUGAAAGAAAUAAAGCUAGUAAAUAAUUUUAAAACAUUUAUUGAUAAGAUACAUACUAUUUUUCAUCAGUCCAAUAAAGACCAAAUUGAACCUACCAAAAUAUCUGAACAACUUGGAGUUGAACUUAUAAAGAUUGGUAGAGUUUUGGAACCAUGGGCUGCCUGUACUUUAAGAUCAAUCCUAGCUGUGUGGCACGCUUUUCCAGUGUUAGAGGACUAUUUUUAUUCAAAUGAAAAGUACUUGGGUAUGGCUACCCGUCUUGAGAAUAUAUAUGUUAUAACUGAUUUGGCUUUGAUGAUUGAUAUUUUAAAUGAAAUUUCUUUUCUCUCAAAUGCACUGCAAGCAAGAGAUAUAGACAUAAUAAAAGCUGAAAAACUCAUGAUAAGAUCUAUUAAAGCAUUUCAAGUGCUUGGAAAGGAAAUGGGUGCAUACGAAAAAAAAGUUGAUGAAUUAAUUACUUCAGAAACCUUCAAAAAUAUAAAAUUUGUAGAAAAUCAGCGAUUUGUCAGACUUCCUCGGGAAAUACUUUUAGAAAACAUCGUAAUGAGUUUGGAAAAAAUACUAAUGGAUUGCGAAUAUUUAAACGCAAGUUGUAACCAGUUUAAAGACAGUAAUAUAUUACAAAUUCUCAAGUUUUUGGACCCAGAUUAUUGGAAUACUGAAGAAGUAUGUGUUCCAUGGUAUGACGGUGAAUGCCAAUUGUACAAAUUUAAUAACAUUUUUAAUCACAAAAUUGAUAUUAAUGAUUAUCGAGAUUUUGUGGAAAUAGAGUUAAAUAUUUCCUGGAGGCGUACAAUUCCGGAAAGUGUUCAAAGAGCUAAAAAUAUUAUCAGAACAAUUGUUGUAAGUUCAGCAGAGGUGGAAAGCAUUUUUUCAAAGAUCAACAUAAUAUGUUCAGGGA